AAGUGCAUCGGGUAUUUACCGGAGUUGAGAUUGGCAUCACUCUGCAUGGCGUCAAGGUGUUUUGUGUGGUUUAUCUCGUCUCAUCAACGAUCGGGUGCUCAUCAAUUUCACUCAUUUCAGGAAAUAUCAAGUGCCAAUACUGUAUCCAUCUCCGGAUGUACAUUACUUCUAGAACUUUCUAACGUUUCAAGAUCUAAAGUGGAAUACCUCUCAUAAUUGUUUGUUUUGUUGUGCUAGGCUGGGUGGCACUUUGACGCACAUCAGCUCCGGAGCAGUGUUAUUUCGGAAAGUUCUUUUCAUUUCUAGAUGCACGGUGGGUUACCCUUUUGUAGUGAUUUUUGUUUUCUUGACAGCACUUCCUAAAAGGAAACAAUUAAAUGUUAUCUAGAGAAAAUACGCUGUAUACCUCUUCGAGUUCGCGUCCUAUCGUCAUGUUUGCGUAGGGUCUAUUUAUAAUUUAACAUUUAUUACAAUACAUUUAUUCGAAAGUGAAAGUUUUUUGUCAGCUUUCUUUUCUUUGUGUCAUCAUAAUAAUGCUCGUUCUGAGGACUGCUCAUAGCUACUUACUUACAGUUUCUGGCAAUAAUUAUUAUAUUUCAUUGGGAAAAAACAGCUCAAAAACAAUGAUAUCCUAUUCGUUAUAAAAUAUAUAAACAACAGAUCCUUUGAACUGAUACGCGGUGCAGUUUCCUGUUACGUGUCCGAUACUUAUCAGCAAGUUGUUUCGAUUUGCACGACUGAAUUAAAGUGCACCAACUUGAUGAGAUGUGGGAAGGGAAAUUGCUUUCUUAUUUUCGCUGAACUGUGAAACUUCUUGAUUGGAUAUAUCUAAUGAACAUUAGCGACUGAGUGCACGCUAGUGACAUAGAAUCAUCGGUUUAUUCCAAUGAUACUUUCUUCGUCAGUUUGUCAGAUAACUUUGGAUAUCGGUAUAUAACCGGAUCGCAGUCAUUUACGAAGAAGAACCAUCAUUUUAGAACAGUCACACACCUUCUGAUCGAGCUAUACCGUUACAUCAAUAUUUGGAUAACGCAUUUGGCGAAACAGGUUUUGUUGCGUGUGCUAUUUUUAAUAAAACAAGGUUUUGAAAUUGUUCCUCAAUCAAGGUUGUUUAAAUAUGAGGCUAUUCAGGUGAAUCGCUAUCAUAUCCUUGACAGCGUCUCUUGGUUUUCCGUCUGAAUCAGAACGUGCGGUUCGCGAUGACAAUAAUGUAAAGUAGCUUCAUUGCAAAAAAAACGUCCACCGUGAAACAUCGGGUAUGUAUUAUCAUCAUAAAUGUACCUCUAUCAUUACUUGAAUUCUUACUGUUGCGUUAUGAAACUGAUUAUUGACUAUGUUUGUGCAGCAGGUGGUUUAAUGGGACGCAUUGGUGGACUAUAACAGAAUAACUGAGUUUAAAUGACGGUUCACUCUUUAGGUUCUGUGCCAUUAUAAAUUAUCGUGAUAAUUUUAUAACUGUGCAGAUUUUGAGAUGAUCGAUCGGAUGAUAUCAAGGGAUACAUAAGUGUUUUGACAAUCUCCGCAUUUUUCAAUUGUGUAUUUUCAACUUCAGGCGUUUGAAGUGUUGAUACAGAGAUUGAUGCUUAUCUGAAGGAGUACAUCGAUUGAGUGGUUUACUUUAAAAAGAAGUCAAUGAGAUUUGAAUUGAAGAAAUAAGAACAUGGAGAGCAGUACCGAUAUUACAACGCUAAGCGAGAUGAUCACGACUACGAACGGGACGUCGAUACCGACUUCCGAGGAUGAAUUCAAGUUCGACGACCGUGCCCAGCGUCUUGUGGUGGCAAUCACAUUCAUCAUCGUAUCCAUCAUCGGUACAAUCGGUAACACACUCGUCCUCAUCGCCGUCGCCAUCUCGAGAAAGCUCCGUACGAUCACCAACGUAUUCGUGGUCAACCUCGCCGUCGCCGAUCUCCUGACGUCAUUAUCCAUUCCCUGGAAUGCCGUGGCGCUGAUCAGUCGGAAUGGAUGGCCGCUUCAUCCGUAUAUUUGUACCUUAGCGGGUGGAAUCAUGUACCUGUGCAUCGUAGCGAGUCUCUACUCACUCGCAUCCGUGGCCAUUAACCGCUGCAUCCUAGUCACCAAGACACUUCACGUCUACCAGAAAAUCUUCACCAAACUCAACCUCGUCAUCUGGAUCAUCUUGAUCUGGGUGGUGUCCUUCAUCCUGGUCGUCUUCCUUCCCAUUGUCGACGUCGGCGGCCUGGGCUACAACGAGAAGUACAGCAUAUGCGGUCAGUCGUCGUCGCACCCUCGGGACGACAUCUACCAGCUCGUUCAGGCCAUGGGGUCCUUCCCUAUCCCCCUCAUCAUCAUCUGUUACUCCUAUAUCAAGAUCUUCCUCCAUGUCAGGAAUCAUAUGAGGGUGAUGAGUACUCACAUGCCAGGCGGGGACUCCAGCAACCAAACAGAUAGCACCGUGGCGGAAUCCGUGGCACAGACAGCUAACGAGGGAAAUCUGCAGAACGGGAAACCACAGAAGUAUGGACAUCAUUCGUCAACACAACAGCAACAACAACAACUAGAAACACCACAACAGGGAGGGGUCAAAGGCGGCACGGAGACGACACGUGAUGGCAACGAGAUGGCGCCCUCACUGAGUGACGUCAACACUUCCUCAGAGAACGGCGGUAACAGUGGCAGCAACGCCAUCGGUAACACCAACGGCGACGCCAACACUAACGCUAACAACAGCAAAGGGAGCGUAAUAGCCAGAGACUCGUCGACAAAGCUCCGCCGCGGACGCAGCAAUAGUAGGCGCCAAUUGCAGAUCACCAAAAAUAUGUUCUUGGUCGUCUGCACGUUCUUUUUAUGCAUCGCGCCGUUUACGAUGUGUCUUUUCUUCGAUGACAGUGAUCCAUUCGUGCCUUACGCCAGUGCGAUUGUCCUCUGUAAUGCCUGCAUCAACCCGGUGAUUUACGCCACCAAGCACCCGGUCUUCAAGGCUGUCAUGAAGGCCAUGAUCACGUGCAGGUUUAAGGAUGUCCCAGAACCAGUGAGGAUGGUACACCGACUGACCGUUAAUAGAGCAAAUUCGCAACGUUAGUCAGCUGAAUAUAUUUUAUGAUCACUCCCUAGCUAAUAACUCUUUUCCUCCGCCACUCGUCCUUCACCACCCUCUCUCUCACUCAUUCAUUCUCUCAUUCAUAUACCUCUCUCUCUCUCUAUCUCUCUCUCUUUAUGUAUAUAAAUACUCUUUCUCUUAUCCCCCUUUUAUUUUCUCAAAUUCUUUUUCUCAAAAUCUGUAUUUUCAGUGUCGUGUCUCCAUAUACAGAUAUAUGCGCAUGGGCACACUUUUUACCGCGGCGGGGCUGGGGGCUGAUGUCUCUUGUUCGAAUACGACCUGACGGUUGCCCGAAUAUGGACAAUUUCAAAAUUCUCUGAGGGCUGCAGCCCCCCCCCCCCCCCCCUUCCCUCCCACUUGCCCCGUACGCCUAUAUAUGAGCGUCUCCCGUUUGCUCCCUACGUUCGUUCAUGCACAAAGUAUUAUCUAUCUUUGUAGCCUGUAUAUAUAUAUAUAUAUAUAUAUAACGCAUUUCCCUCUCAAAAUGAGUGUAUAAUAACCUUUUGUCUCGUUUAAAUUCCUUGUGAGGAGGUAAUAGUACACACGAAAGCAAAGACGAAUGUUAAAGGGGAAGUAGAAGAGGUAGAAUACAGAAUAACUAGAAAUAGUAGUAGUAGUAAUAGUAGUAGUAGUAGUAGUAGUAGUAGUUGUAGUAGUACUAGUAAUAUUAUGAGUAAUGUAGUAGUAGUAGUAGUAGUAGUAGUAGUAGCAUCAGCAGAAGUAUAAGGACGAGUAAUUGUUGUUAUUGUUGUUGUUGUAGCUGUUAUUAUUGAUGCAGAUCAUGUUGGUGUAGCAGCAGCAGUAAUAUAAUUAGCAGAAUUUAUUUUUACGAUAAAACUUACAUGAUAUAUAUAUAUAUAUAUAUAUAUAUAUAUAUAUAUAUAUAAGUAAAAGAAGAGGCGUACAAAAAGGAUGUACACUAUGACUAAAGGAAAAAAAUAGUCAAACAACCAAUAUCAGGUAUGUGAUUUGCAGGACAUAGUAUUUUAUUCAUUUGAUUGCGAUUAACAUGAUAAAACAACAACUUCAUGAAUAUUCUAUAUUUGAUAUGACUUCGACUUUGUAUGUAAAAUUAAACUCGAGUGUUUACUGCAUGUGCUAUAUUUUGUAAAUAUGUAUCUAUUAAAAAUGCCAUCUUUUCAUGUCUUAUAUCCGUCAUAAAUAAAAGAGAAUUUGCAUUGUAUUCUGGAGAAAAUGAUAGGAUCAUUCGUGCCAAUAUAUUGUCCCAAAAUGGGCCUUUCGUUCAAAUUUUUCCCAUCACCUGUUAUUUCAUGGUACCCCCCCCCCCCCCCCCCUCCCCAUCCUUCCUUCCUGACAAAUUCAGGGUACUGAUUGUUUUUCAUCUUCUGCGAGACUAAGAAUUGCAGCAAAUUGUUUCACUAUGUCGAAAUUAAGAGGCAAGGAU